CAUUUCCAUAACUAAUGGCCGCUGCUGCGAAGUUGGUUUUGCUGCUGACAUUAGUCACAUGGGCCAUGAUAGCUGCACCUUAUAUGACGGCGACCGUGGCCGAGAGCGCCAUAACUUGCGGCCAGGUGGUUGGCAGCCUAAUUCCAUGUAUCGAUUACUUGCAAAAUGGUGGUGACGUUCCUUCGGCUUGCUGCAAUGGAGUGAGGUCGCUCAAUGACGCUGCGGAGACCACUGACGACCGCCAGAAGGCUUGCAGUUGCUUGAAAUCGACGGCUAAUACCUACCCCAAAGCGAAGGAAUCCUUUGCUGCAGCCCUUCCCGAUGCCUGUGGAGUCGACAUUCACAUUCCUUACAAGAUCAGCAGGGACAUCGACUGCAAAUCGUAUCGAGUGAAGAAACAUGCAAAGGAGGGAACGGGAGCUACGGAAGUGAUCAGGAGGCGAUGUCAUGUGUGAGAGGGAUAUGAUAAUGAUGAUGAUAAUAAUGAUGAUAUUAAUAAUAAUAAUAAUAUCAAAAGAAUAAUAUGUGUUGGUCAUUUAAUGGAUAUGAUAAUGAUGAUGAUAAUAA